GGGACACGAGUAAAGGGGACAUGCCCACAUGCAGAUGAUUGCUGUGUAUGGAAUAGAAUUCUGCAUAAUUCCAAGGCACCUUUUCAAAGCUCCUGGAUAUUUGGAGAUUUAUUGAAAUGCACAAUCUGUUACUGUGUAAAAAUUUGGAAUCAAUAUUCUAAAGCACUUUUAAAUUCUAAAAGCAAAACAUUGUUUUUGUUUCCCAAGAGGAGAAAAGGAUUUUCUGUGAUUGCUCUUAUAUCAAUCAGCUGCUUAAAGCAUGUUUAAAAAAAGGCGGACUGCAAUCAGGGUGAAAGCAAAGUUCUGCUUAGGAGUCCUAGAAAGGAAUCGUUUGGGGUAACACCAAGUGAUGUGGAAAACACACACCGAGAGCAAAAAACCCUCAUCCAGACGCAAACUCGGCAUACAGGUUGACAAUGGUAGUAGCCUGGAUCCGCUGCUUGCUCCUCUUGCUGCUGCUGUACCAGGUCCUAUUGAGUGGCUGCGCCGGGCUGAUCCCGGAGGUGGGGCGGAGGAAGUUCUCAGAGUCCGGCCGGGCGUCUCCGCAGCAAGCCCACGGUAUACUCAACGAGUUCGAGCUUCGCUUGCUCAAUAUGUUUGGCUUAAAGAGGCGACCGACUCCCGGCAAAAACGCGGUGAUCCCCCAAUACAUGGUGGAACUGUACCGCCUACACUCCAGCCAGCUGGAUGAGGACCAGGAUCAGCCCCUCAUGGACUACCGGAGUGAGCGCUCAGCCAGCCGGGCUAACACGGUCAGGAGCUUCCAUCAUGAAGAAACAAUGCAAGAACUUCCAGAUUCUGAUAAGAAAACAAUACAACGUUUUUACUUUAAUUUGACUUCUAUUCCCAGUGAGGAGCUUAUUACUUCAGCUGAACUUCGGAUAUUUCGAGAGCAGAUCCAAGAGUCCUUUGAAAGUGACAAUAGCAAACUUCAUCGUAUUAAUAUUUAUGACAUUGUCAAACCAGAAUCUAUUCUUUCUAGAAAUCCUGCUGCAAGACUCUUGGACACCAGACUAAUUCACCAUAAUGAAACAAGAUGGGAAAGUUUUGAUGUUACACCAGCUAUUAUUAGGUGGAUUGCACAUAAACAGCCUAAUCAUGGAUUAAUAGUAGAAGUGACUCACUUAGACCAUGACAACAGUGUCCCUAAAAGGCAUGUGAGGAUUAGCAGGUCUCUAACACCUGAUAAAGACAACUGGUCACAGAUAAGGCCAUUAUUAGUAACAUAUGGCCAUGAUGGAAAAGGACAUCCACUUCAUAAAAGAACAAAAAGACAAGCAAGGCACAGACAGAGGAAACGUCUCAAAUCCAGUUGCAGGAGACAUCCGUUAUAUGUAGACUUCAAUGAUGUUGGGUGGAAUAAUUGGAUUGUAGCUCCACCUGGAUAUCAUGCCUUUUACUGCCAAGGAGAGUGUCCUUUUCCAUUGGCAGAUCAUUUAAACUCUACAAAUCAUGCCAUUGUGCAAACUUUGGUCAAUUCCGUUAAUUCCAACAUCCCUAAAGCUUGCUGUGUUCCAACAGAAUUAAGUGCAAUCUCUAUGCUCUACCUUGAUGAGAAUGAAAAAGUUGUACUAAAAAAUUACCAGGACAUGGCUGUGGAGGGGUGCGGGUGCCGUUAG